AUGGUCCGCAUCCUCAUCCUCGGCGCAACAGGCUACAUCGGCCUCACCACCGCCCUCGCCCUCCGGCGGCACUCCCACAUCGUCUACGGCCUCGCCCGCACGCCCUCCAAAGCCGCCCUCCUCGCCUCCAACGAAAUCCUCCCCAUCCUCGGCACCCUCGACGACUCCGCCUACCUCCUCGCAAUCUCCACGCACAACAUCGACGUCGUCAUCGACGCCGCGGGGGCCAACAACGGGAGUUUCAAGAUCUUUGAGGAUGUGAAGCGGGUUGGUCAGGAGAGGUUGGCGAAACGCGGGAAGGGGAGUCCGAAGUUGGGGUUUGUGUAUACGUCCGGGACGUGGGUUCAUGGGAGUUCGGAUGCGCGUAUGAAUGAUCUGGAUCCGGUGGAUCGUGAGGAUGCGGCUGCUCCGCCGCCGGGGUUGGUGAGCUGGAGGCCGAAGUUGGAAAAGGCGAUUUUGGAAGCGAGGGAUGUGUUGGAUGUGGUUGUCAUUCGGCCGGGGUGUCUUUAUGGGAGGGGGAGUUUUAUUUGGGGUGGCUGGUUUGGGCUGUUGCAGGGGGCGGUGGAGGGGAGGAGGGAGAGUGUGGAGGUGGAGUGUGAUGCUGAUGCCACGCUCUCCCUUGUCCACGUCGAUGAGGUUGCGGGUGCGUUGACGGUGGCGGCGGAGAAGGUCUCUGCUCUUGGGGGUACUUCGGUGUAUCCUGUCUUCGAUGUUGUGUCGUCCAGGGAGUCGGCGAGGUUGAUUCUGGAGGGUGUGGCGAGGGCGAUGGGGUUUGAGGGGGUUGUGAAGUUUGCUAAACCGAAGGAUCCUUUCGCUGUGGCGAUGAGUACGAAUGCGAGGUUGGAUUCUACGAGGAUUAGGGAUCUGCUGGGGUGGGAGUCGAAGAGGGUGUUUGGGAUGUUGGAUGAGAUUGAACUGGUAACGGCGGCGUGGAAGGCGAGCAACAGUAAGGCUUGA